UCUGUAUUCGAUAUCUUAAUUCCCAUAAUAAUAGAUAGCCCUCUUUGUCUAUAUUAUGCACAGCCAAGUUUCUGUUUUCCCGCACUUUUGUACAUUAUGAGUGUAUUGAUACACGUCAAGCAUGAUCAAUCAGACUACAUUAUUAUUCUUAUUAUCACGCUUUUACUUGCCAUGGACCCAUGCGACUUUUUUUCUACCCGUCCCCGACCAUGGUACACUCGGGUCUGGAUCGAUUCGAAGAAUAUUCUAUCCAUUCUUCCGGUCGCUGUCAGUACCCUGUACCCUGUACGUCCAUACAUCUACAUACAUACAGACACAGAUACAGAACAAAGCCAACCAGCGGCUAGCUCGCCUCUUGCCUCACGGCUCACGGCACACCGGGCGCACCGGUCGGGCCAGCACACGGACCGGACUAGUUAAGAGGCUAGGCUAGCGCUUCUUCCACCUGUUCCGGCGGUCAGUCGGGGUCUACGGCACCAUCCUAUGCAGAUAGCAGAUAA